AAUUUCCAUAUGGACUUCAAGUUGACGUAUUCUUUCUGAGAAAUAUUUUAUAAUACAUCUGUGGAGAAAAAAAACCAAUAUGACUGAUUCCCAGUUCAUAAUCCCGAACGAUGUUCCAGUUGCUGUUUUGGAGUGCAAAGCGGCAUUUGACUGUCUCACCGACAAAGAGAAACGCUAUGCUCACUUUUUAUGCCAGGGGUCUUGGGAGGGAGGCCUUAUUGUCCUCUUUCAAACUUCUGCAGAAUCACCGGUAAUUUUUAUGCUUUUUCAAAAGCUUUUUAGAGCACAGAAGAUAUCAGAACUGGAAGAAGCAUCACUGAAAGCGCCUGAUGGACCAAGUAAAGACGAGUUUGAGGCACUGCUGACAUAUGCGGCAUCAUUUUAUUCUAACAGCGGAAAUUAUAAGUCCUUUGGUGAUACAAAGUUUAUACCCAAUCUGCCAAAGGAAAAGUUUCAUACGAUAAUCAAGAGCAGUGCUGCAUAUGCUACAGACAAAGAAAGUAUGGACAAACUCUGGAAUGCUUGUAAUAAUGCUAUGUACUCAUUGAGUGACAGAGAAAAACAACUAGGACUUGGAGAAAAGGGUAUCUCUACCUACUUUUCUAGUAACUGUACCAUUGUGGAUGCUGAAAUUGCUCAGAAGUUCAUGAGUGAUAAGGAUAUUAGUCCGUAUAACACCCGUCUGUUCAAAACGGUAGAUGCCAAUGGUGCAGUUAUUUAUGAGAUAAGACUGGCAUCAGCCCUCACUGCAGACAGUACAGUGGAAGAAGUGGAGAAGUCCUGUAUAUGUGGCACAUACAGCUUCGAUGGCCAUACAUUCAAAGUAACAAGGGGAGACUAUGCGCCAAUCAUGACUCGCAUGUGUGACAAUCUUAAACUGGUCAAGGAAUAUGUAGCUAAUGAAAAUGAAAAGAACAUGGUAGAUCAUUUUAUUAAUAGUUUUACUACUGGAUCCAUAGAAGCACAUAAGAAUGGUUCUAGGAGUUGGAUACGAGACACAGGACCUGUUGUGGAAAGUUAUAUUGGUUUUAUUGAAAGCUAUCGUGAUCCAUUUGGUUCAAGGGGCGAGUUUGAAGGUUUUGUUGCUAUGGUUAACAAAGAAAUGAGUGCUAAGUUUGGUAACCUGGUGGCAGGUGCUGAAGAAUUUCUACCGUUGCUACCAUGGCCUAAAGAGUAUGAAAAAGACACAUUCCUUAGACCAGAUUUCACUUCUCUGGAUGUUCUGUGUUUUUCAACAAGUGGAAUUCCAGCAGGAAUUAAUAUUCCCAAUUAUGACGACAUUCGACAAGAGGAAGGAUUUAAGAAUGUUUCAUUAGGCAAUGUGUUAUCAGCACAUACGAAGGAUCUGAAAGUUACAUUCUUAGAUGAUGAAGAUGCGACCCUAUUUUCAUCCCUAAAGGGGCCAUCGUUUGAAGUGCAGGUUGGACUUCAUGAACUAUUAGGACAUGGCAGUGGUAAACUGUUCAAAGAAACUGAUGGGAACUUCAACUUUGACUGUGAUGCGGUUAAACAUCUGGACACCAAUGGAAAGAUUGAAUCAUGGUACAGUGCUGGUGAGACAUGGGAUACUAAAUUUCCUAUCAUUGGUUCAUCAUAUGAGGAAUGCAGAGCAGAGUGUGUGGGUAUUUACCUAUGUCUCAGAAGAGAGAUACUAAAGAUAUUUGGUCAUGAAGGUGAAGCAGCUGAUAAUAUUCUUUAUAUCAAUUGGUUAAAUAUGGUAAGAGCUGGACUCUUAGGUUUAGAGUUCUACACACCAGAAACAAACACAUGGAGACAGGCUCACAUGCAGGCCCGUUAUGUUAUUUUACGAGUUUUGCUUGAAGCUGGUGAAGGGUUGGUCACUAUUGAAAAGCUCACUGGUGAAGACGGCCAACCUGAUGCUAUCAUAAGGCUAGAUAAAAGUAAAAUAGAAACUGUUGGCAAAGAAGCUAUUGGAAAAUUCCUCAGAAAAUUGCAGUUAUACAAAUCUACGGCUGAUUACAAUGCUGGUAAGGCCAUGUAUGAUUUCUAUUCUGCUGUCAAUGAUGAUACUCCAGAAAAGUUCUUAUCUCUGCGACAAACUGUACUUGCAAGAAAGCAACCAAGAAGAAUGUUUGUUCAGUCAAACACAGUCUUGGAAAAUGGUUCAGUUGUUCUCAAGGAAUAUGAGGCCAGCACAUCAGGCAUUAUACAGUCCUUCGUUGAAAGGUAUUCUGAUCCAGAGAUAAAUGAAAUUAUCAACAAACUGUGGCUCAAAGACCUAGAACAUUUCAAUUUCUAGAAACACUGUAUUCACAACAAACUGUGGCUCAAAGACCUAGAACAUUUCAAUUUCUAGAAACACUGUAUUCACAAUUGUGUUAAGUUACAAUCGAUGUACUAUAUUUGCUGUAUUACAUAUCACUACACUCAGUGUGAGCUUAGAUAACUGGAAUAUUGUUGGCUUUAGAUACUUCUAUUACAGACAUGUUUCUAAUAAAUCAAAUACGUUAUCUUUACUUUA